ACAAGAAGAAACUUUCUCUAAUUAAAAUGGCUGUUCCCACGGGAAGCGCCAAUCUCUUUCUCCGGCCUCUCAUCCUCGCCGUUCUCUCCUUUCUUCUUCUCUCUUCAUUCGUCUCCUCUGUUGAGUGGCUCGAUAUCGAUUCCUCAGAUCUCAAAGCUCUUCAGGUCAUCGAAACAGAGCUCGGAGUCAACAGUCAACGUUCUUCGGCCAGUGAUGUCAACCCUUGCGGUCGCCGAGGAGUUUUCUGCGAGAGACGGCACUCUGCCACCACCGGAGAAUACGUUCUCCGUGUCACGAGGCUCGUCUACCGAUCCAGGAGCUUGACGGGGACUAUCUCUCCGGUCAUCGGAAUGUUGUCGGAGCUCAAGGAACUUACUUUGUCUAAUAACCAGUUGGUCAACGCUGUUCCGGUGGAUAUCUUAAGCUGUAAGCAACUUGAAGUUCUUGAUCUUCGGAAAAAUAGAUUUUCCGGUCAGAUUCCGGGAAACUUUUCUAGUUUGAGCCGUCUUCGAAUCCUUGAUCUCUCUUCGAACAAGUUAUCCGGGAACUUGAAUUUCUUGAAGAAUCUACGCAAUCUGGAGAAUCUCUCUGUUGCAAACAAUCUCUUCUCAGGCAAAAUCCCGGAACAAAUUGUGUCGUUCCACAAUCUCCGGUUCUUUGAUUUCUCCGGAAACCGGUAUUUGGAAGGUCCGGCUCCGGUUAUGAGCAGUAUCAAGCUUCAGACAUCUCCACAUCAAACAAGACACAUUCUUGCUGAAACUCCAACUUCAAGUCCCACGAACAAACCCAACAACAGCACUACAUCAAAAGCUCCAAAGGGAGCUCCAAAACCAGGGAAGUUGAAGAAGAAGAAGAAGAAGAGCAAGAAGAAGAAAGUAGCGGCAUGGAUCUUAGGGUUUGUCGUUGGAGCCAUAGGAGGAACAAUCUCUGGGUUUGUCUUCUCGGUGUUGUUCAAAUUGAUUAUUCAAGCAAUAAGAGGAUCAGAAAAACCACCAGGUCCUUCCAUAUUCAGCCCAUUGAUCAAGAAAGCUGAAGAUUUAGCUUUCUUGGAGAAUGAAGAAGCGUUAGCUUCUCUGGAGAUCAUAGGAAGAGGAGGUUGUGGAGAAGUUUUCAAAGCUGAACUACCAGGAAGCAAUGGGAAGAUCAUAGCUGUGAAGAAAGUGAUCCAACCGCCUAAAGACGCCGAUGAACUAACAGAUGAAGAUUCCAAGUUUCUGAACAAGAAAAUGAGGCAAAUUAGAUCCGAGAUCAACACAGUCGGCCAUAUCCGGCACCGGAAUCUUCUCCCAUUGUUAGCACACGUGUCAAGACCCGAGUGCCACUACCUCGUUUACGAGUACAUGGAAAAGGGGAGUUUGCAAGAUAUAUUGACUGACGUACAAGCUGGAAAUCAAGAACUAAUGUGGCCAGCGAGGCACAAGAUUGCUUUAGGUAUAGCUGCAGGGCUUGAGUACCUUCACAUGGAUCAUAACCCACGAAUCAUUCACAGAGACUUAAAGCCAGCCAAUGUUCUUCUUGAUGAUGACAUGGAAGCCAGAAUUUCAGAUUUCGGACUGGCAAAGGCAAUGCCAGAUGCAGUCACACAUAUUACAACCUCGCAUGUUGCAGGUACUGUGGGAUACAUAGCACCAGAGUUUUAUCAAACCCACAAGUUCACAGAUAAAUGUGAUAUCUAUAGUUUUGGAGUGAUUCUUGGGAUUCUGGUGAUUGGGAAGCUUCCUUCAGAUGAGUUUUUUCAGCAUACUGACGAGAUGAGUCUGAUAAAGUGGAUGAGGAACAUAAUAACAUCGGAAAAUCCUAGCCUUGCGAUUGAUCCGAAGUUGAUGGAUCAAGGAUUCGAUGAACAGAUGCUUCUGGUUCUGAAGAUCGCCUGUUACUGUACUUUGGAUGAUCCAAAACAGAGGCCGAACAGUAAAGAUGUCAGGACCAUGUUGUCCCAGAUCAAGCACUAGUGUUUCAAUAUGUAUUGUUUGCUUCUAUCUAUAUUUCCUAGAUUCCUGUUGCAUACGAAAUAACUAUGAACACAAUCUUGGCAGAAAUUUGUAAUGGCGACUGUAAAAUUUAAAUGGAUUUCAAUUAUGAUU